UACUCGUAUCGUAGAACGCGGCGAGCGCGAGAGAGCCACGAUUUUUCGAAGCGAGCAGGCGCUACACGUGCAAGUUCCAGCGAGAGCUUUUUUGAAUAUACGUGAAAGCUCAGCGUUGCGUGCGUGAUUUAGGUGACAAAGACGCGUGAAUUAUUGUAUGCACAGUUUAGUAGUAACGGGGGCUAGAUGAACAAUGAGCGAAUUGACACUGUAUACGAUAUCGCUUAAUUGGAAAAAGUGACCGAGUGUGUAAACAAUAUACCAGUGCUUCCUAUACGUCGUUGUUGAUAUAAGUUAUUUUUUACGCAGUGACACGCGAGUGCAUCUUGACACUAAUGGUGUAUGAUAUAGUGCCAGUACUGUGCGUUACUUCGAGUGAUUAAACUCGAGAUCCGAUUUACUAUUUCAAUACCGAAGCGUGGUGUAUUAUAGAGGAUCAAUACAAAUAACACAACGAGGAGCUGAUGAUUAGCCGUAAUUAGACGUUCAUCGUUGGGAUCGUUAAUGCAGCCGUGUGUGUGUACGCAACGACGACUAUAUGUACUACGUCACGGACAGGAUGAAAGCUACAUUAUUGUUGCGCACGAGUGAUGAAUUGCAGCAGUAGUAGUAGUGGUAAUAGUGGUAGCGCGUAACGAGCGAGCCAACAUGUGAAAUUCAAAGAGAGAGAGAGAGAGAGAGAGAGAGAGAGACCAUCUACGGCAGCAGCACAACAAUAAGGCCGAGAAAUCCACUUUUAUUGAAAACGACGACACAAUGACGAUGACGGACGACGAUGGCUUGAGCAACAACAUUACCGUUCAGGCUCGAAACUUGCUCGCCUGGACGAUCGUCACGGGCUUCGAGACCUACUACCUGCCGAUCCUCGUGUUCGUCGGCUCGCUCGGCAACUGUCUCUCGGUCUUCGUCGUCUCGGCGAGCACCAAGAUGCGACGCAGCUCGUCCAACUACUAUCUCGCGGCCCUGGCCGUCAGCGACACCGGUUUUCUGUUCGCCCUGCUGCUCGCUUGGUUCGGCAUAGUCAACGUGCCGCUCGUCACGCGUCGUGGCAUCUGUCAACUCUUCAUCUAUCUCACCAACGUCUGCAGCUUUCUCAGCGCAUGGUUCGUCGUGGCCUUCACGGUGGAGCGUUUCGUCGCGGUGCGCUACCCUCUCCACCGCCAAUGGAUCUGCACGUACAGCCGCGCCAAGUACAUCAUCGGCAGCGUGACGGUCGCGGGCCUGGUGCUCUGCAGCCCGGUGCUGCUCUUCGCGGAGGUCCGAGUCCACGAGGCCGUCUCCGUCUGCAGCAUCACCCCCGGUUGGGAGAGGCUCGCCACCGUCCUCAACUUCGUCGACACGAUUCUCACCUUCGUCCUGCCGUUCUCCGUGAUCGUGGUGCUCAACACGCUGAUCGUGCGAGGGGUUUACGAGGUCGACCGGGCUCGGAUGCUGCUCGAGGCGAGGCUGUCGACGCGCGAAUCGCCGCUGGCGCUGCAGCAGUCGAGGAUCACCAAGAUGCUGCUCAUAGUUUCGAGCGUGUUCUUCUGCCUCAAUCUGCCGUCCUACGUGAUGCGACUCUACGCAUACGUGCACCCUGAAAAUACGGUAACCGACAUGGAGGUAUUAAUUCAACGAUGCUGUAAUUUGCUGUUCGACACGAAUUUCGGCAUAAGUUUCGGACUGUACUGCGCGAGCGGGCAAAACUUUCGCUCGGCGGCGGUGGAGCUGCUGAGUUGCUACAAGAACCCCGUCGGCACUACCGCCGAUCAGUCGAGACAAGCCUCGACUAAUCAAGUCAAUACGUUCGGUAUGGACAACACGCGCCCGAGCGAGUCGACGACGGCCAACGCGUCGAGGGAACAGUCCAUCGGCUCGCAACCUUGCCGCCACUUCCGGGACUCGUGCCAUUUGAAAUCGAGUGCAACUCCGCUGGAUGAGAAACACGAAUUGGAUAAUGACAAGUACGCCAGCAGUUGGGCUUGAAAAAGUGCAGAGAAAAAAAAUUGUGUUACGUGUAUAUAAAUGAUAAUAAGCCUACGAAUUCCAUUGAAGAAUCAUCACUUCCUCCCCUCCUACUUGCGUAUUAGUGUUAAGUGUUUGCAUUAAUUUAUUAUGAAUUCCAUCGAUGUACGGUUAAAUUAAAUGUACAGUUGUUUAAGAAUUAUUAUGAUAUAUCUAACGAUUUUGUGCUGUGAAACAAAAUAAAAUCUUUAUCGAUG